AUGUCUAUGCGGAGGACGCUAUGGCACAACAUCACCAGUGCUAGACAGCUCUUCCAACCAUCCACAAAACCUCUCCGCAAUCCCCUCCCUCGACAAUACAACACCCUCUCCGUCAAUGCUGCUGAACUUGCCUUUGGGCAGCCCGUCCAUGAGACACAUCCUCAUCUCCUGGAGCCUGGAGAAUUGACUCCUGGCAUCACAGCCCAAGAAUAUGCGGAUCGACGCACGAGAUUAGCGGCCAAGCUGCCCGACAAAGGCAUUGCUAUUGUAGCUGCAUCCGACAUCCAAUUCCGGACUGGAAGUGUCUUCUAUGAGUUCCACCAGGAUCCUGAUUUCCUCUACUUGACCGGCUUCAACGAGCCUGAGGCCUUAGCUGUCAUUGGCAAGGACCCUACCGGAACUGAUCAUACCUUCCACCUCUUCGUUCGAGAGAAGGACCCAAAGGCGGAGAUCUGGGAUGGAGCAAGAUCGGGCACGCAUGCCGCAAGAGAUGUCUUCAACGCCGACGAGACAGAUGAUAUCAGUCGAGUGAAGAAGAUAUUGCCAGAUCUGGUGGGUGAAGCAUCACAGGUUUUCACAGACAUCACCACUCCUGAUGCCAAUCAAUCCGCGUUGCAGCGGUUGCUCUACGGUCAAGGUCGCAAAACUACUGAAUUUGUGGAGAUGAUCAAGUCCAGCAAGAUCAACCGGUUGCGACCUGUCAUGAAUGAUCUGAGAGCUUUCAAGAGCCCUGCGGAGAUUGAAGUGAUGCGGAAAGCAGGCAGAGCAUCUGGUCGAGCACAUACCGAGGCCAUGAAACAUGCUUGGACGAAGGAGAAACAACUGGACGCAUACCUUCGUUAUCGAUUCGCGGCCAACGGAUGCGACACUCUCGCAUUCGAGCCAGUAGUGGCUGGAGGCAAGAAUGCUCUCGGGAUCCACUAUGUACGCAAUGACGAUGUGCUCCAAGACGAUGAAUCGGUCCUCGUUGAUGGAGGGGGUAAAUAUGGCGGCUACAUCUCCGACAUCACACGAACAUGGCCGGUGAGCGGCAAGUUCAGUGAUGCUCAACGCGAUCUCUACCAAGCCGUACUGAACGUUCAGAGAAGCCUGGUUUCGUUAUGUCGAGGAAGUGCCAAAGUAUCAUUGGACAAACUCCAUAGUAUCGCGGAAGAACAGAUGCGCAAUGAACUACGACAUAUCGGAUUCGAGUUAUCUGCCAAAGAGGUGGAAAUCCUCUUCCCUCAUCAUGUGAGUCAUUAUAUUGGUAUGGAUGUACAUGACACAGUCGGUUAUUCGAGAAAGGUUAUCUUACAAGAAGGACAUUGUAUUACUAUUGAGCCCGGGGUUUAUGUGCCCGAUGAUGAGCGUUGGCCCAAGCAUUUCCGGAACAUGGGAGUGCGCAUUGAAGACAGUGUAAGUAUACAGGAGGACAGUCCGUUUGUCUUGACAACCGAGGCUGUUAAGGAGGUGGUUGAUAUCGAAGCCUUACGGAGCUAG